ACGACCUUGCAUGAGACGCUUAGAGCAAUACAAAAUCAUGACGACGUAAUGGAGUUUGGAUCUGGCCUAGACAAGGUUUUGAAACAAGAAGUCACAGUCAUUUAUGGAAACAAAAUCAGAGAAUUACAUGCGCGAAAUCAGAAUGUAACAGAAGCUGACUCACUUAAAAGUUUAGCCAGUCUUUUGGAUUUACUAGGUGAACGUUCGGCUAAAGCCCAAAUGUUACCUGGACCUGUGACGUCCUAUACGAAGUUCAGGGAUUCGAACCAGACAAUUUUUUUAUUAUCUGAUAUUCCUUCAAAAAAAAUUUUAGGUUUUUUAAAAACAGGUAGGAAGCGUCUUUUUGUGCAUGACAGAAGAGGUGUUUGUGUCGAAUGCGUGCCUUUAUGUGUUUUGGAUUUCUACGUAUAUGAAGCACAUCAGAGGAAAGGUUGUGGAAAAAAGUUAUUUGACUUUAUGCUUAAAAAUGAAAAUAUUAAUCCUUCUUAUUUGGCUAUUGAUUAUCCUUCUAAAAAAAUGUUACAAUUUUUACAAAAAUAUUAUCAAUUAAAAAAUCCAAUUUUUUCAUCAAAUAAUUUUGUUGUUUAUUCAAAUUUUUUUAAUCAAAUUAAUUAUGAUACAUUGAAUAUUGAACAAUAUUCAAUUAGUCCAUCAACAAUUAUACAAAUUUGGGAUACAAAUAAUUUAAUUCAUAAAAGAAAAAUAAUAUAUCCUAUUUUAAAUUAUUCAAAUUAUUAUUAUCCUUAUCAAAAAUUAUCUAAGAAUAUUAAUAAUCACUAUGGUAACACAAUAGUUAUGGAUGAACAAUCAAGAUUAAAUAAUCAAAUACAUAUUCAUAAUAAAACAUUAAAUAAUCAACAAAUGAAUGAAUUACAUAGAAAUAUCAAUGAUGAAAUACCUAUAUCUAUGAUAGAUAUGAAGUUAUGUAAUAAUAAUAAUAAUAAUAAUAAUAAUAAUAAUAAUAAUAAUAAUAAUAAUACAUUAACAAGUGUUUAUGAUGUAUCUAAAAUAGAUAAUGGAAAUGUUAAAUUAAAACAAGAUCUUAAUGAGUUAAAACCUAUAGAUCAGCAUCAUAAUGAAAUGAAGACAAUUGGACUAUUACAUAAUGUAUAUGAUAAUGUUAAUAGAUCUACAACACAAAAGAAAUCGACUAGUUCCAUUAUGACCACCAAUUCAGAAAUGUUUAAUAAUCGUUCAUUCGAAUUAAAAAAUCGUUCUAAACAAACUUACUCUUAUAUAAAUGCUGUACGUAAUCAUAAUUGUCAUACAAGAUUGUGGUAACUUACAUGAAAUGCUUGCCUUGCUUUACCAACUCUCACGUUUAUAUCUGCAUCAGAUUCUCCUUGUUCAUCGAUGAUGCUGACCAGUUACAUGAAAGUUCCCACCUCUUCCAGAACUUCUUCAUCAAGUGUGAUUGUGUUGAGAUUAUCCGUGUUGUAUUUGAGGAUCUUGGUUUUUCCCUUGUGUAUGUUGAGGCCUACCGCUACAGAGGCUGCUGCUGCACUAGUUGUCUUCACCUAUAUUUGUUCGUGUGUAUGGGACAGAAGGGUUAGGUCGUCUGCAAAGUCCAAAUUAUCUAGUUGCAUUCAACCUGUCCAUUGUAUUCGCUAUAAUUAAGAUAACAAUAAUGAAGUUUAUUCAUUGUUUUAUUGUAUUUACUUGUUAGCAGAGAUUAUUCUAAAUACUUCUAAGAAAGUAACCGAUGCCCAAACUACUUUUUAUCGUAUAUUUUUCUUUAAUUCAGAGCCGAAACAACGUCUAUCUAUGUUCAUACAAAUGACUGACAGUGUUAUGUGAUCCAGAGUGACACAGACAUUCAUAAACUGAAGAAAAUUCCAGAUAUAUGUUGACAAACUUCAAUAGUCAUUCAUUUAAUCACAGUUAAACAAUGAUGUAAUACUUUAUACUUGAUAUUCUUUCGAUAACUCCACUUAUCUCUUUAUAUCUUCUGACAUUUGUGGUCGAAUUCAAUUGACUAUCAUCAUAACUACCUGUCUAAUCUUCUGAAUUCUUCAUGUCCCUUUAUUUUUUCUCGUUCCAAAUUUACUUCGCUGGAUUGUACUCCUUGAAUAACAACUUCAAACCCUAAUCUUUCCGAUUACUGUUUAUACUUUUAUUACCUUUACCACUAUGAGAUUUGAAUCGACAUUUAUAUCUCUGUGCUAAUGUAGUAUGGCAACUCGAACUGAUGUACAUAUGUACGAAGUUCUACGUUGUUGCUGACUGACUGACUGACUGACUGACUGCCUACCUGUAAAUAUAACUUUAUUAAUUAUAAUGGUAAAACAAAUGUGGUUUUUCGCCUGCUACUUUGCUGUACUGUCAAAUCAAUAUUCGUAUGUUUUCUAUUCCAUUUCGAUUCAAUUUUGGCUCUUUUUUCUAUUUCAAAUGGUUAUUGUUAAGAUUAUUAUUAUUAUUCAUAGUAUAAUCUUUGUUUCCAUCA